CCGAACUGGGCGUCAGGUCGGGGAGCCGGUCGGGUUCCCGCUCGCCGCCGCCGCCGCCCCCCCGCAGCGACUCUCCCGCCUCUCCAGUCGCGCUGGUCGCGGGAGCUGCAUCGACAACUCUGCCCGGCUGUGGAGUCGCCGGCCGGAGAGUACAGUGCCCCGGGCCGACACACCGAGCCCCCCAUCAUCCCCAGUCGGGGCGACGCCUCCGGGGUCAGCCCUCGCCCUGCGCGGCCGCCGGAGCCCCCGGCCCCCAAGCGGCCCCGCGGCCCGGCGCCCGCACUCUCGCGGUCGUCGCCCCCCACCCUGAACAUGGACUCCGACUCCUGCGCCGCCGCUUUCCACCCGGAGGAGUACUCCCCCAGUUACAAGAGGCGCAGGACCGUGGAGGAUUUCAACAAGUUCUGCACCUUUGUCUUGGCCUACGCAGGCUACAUCCCUUAUCCGAAGGAGGAACUCCCUUUGAGGAGCAGCCCCAGCCCUGCCAACAGCACUGCUGGUACCAUUGACAGCGACGGCUGGGAUGCUGGCUUCACCGACAUCUCGUCCACGGUGCCCUUGCCAGUCUCUGACCGCUGCUUUGGCCACCUGCAGCCCAGCCUUCUGCAGCGAGCCAAGCCUAGUAACUUCCUGCUGGACAGAAAGAAGACCGAUAAGCUGAAGAAGAAGAAGAAGAGGAAGCGAAGGGACAGUGAUGUGCCCGGGAAGGAGGGAUACGUGGGGGGCUUGUUGCCGCUGGAAGCCGCCGGCCCAUAUGUAGAGACCCCCAGCAGCCCCACCCUGCAGGGCAUCCCCCAAGCCUCCGGGGACCCCUGCUCGGGCUGGGACUCCGACACUCCUUCCAGUGGAUCUUGUGCCACCGUGUCACCGGAUCAGGUCAAAGAAAUAAAAACUGAAGGCAAACGGACUAUCGUCCGGCAGGGCAAGCAGGUGGUGUUCCGGGACGAGGAUAGCACCGGCAACGAUGAGGACAUCAUGGUGGAUUCAGACGACGACUCCUGGGAUCUUGUCACCUGUUUCUGCAUGAAGCCAUUUGCCGGCCGCCCCAUGAUCGAGUGUAACGAGUGCCACACUUGGAUUCACCUGUCCUGUGCGAAAAUCCGGAAGUCCAACGUUCCGGAAGUGUUCGUCUGCCAAAAGUGCCGGGACUCCAAGUUCGACAUCCGCCGUUCCAACCGGUCCCGAAUGGGCUCCCGGAAGCUGUUUCUGGACUGACUGCUGGAGAGCGAGGAGACUGUGGGCGAGGAGUCGGAAGGGACGAUGGGCCUGCUGGCCCCGCUCUUCGUUGAGCACAGAACUCUCAGCUCUGGUGCGGGCAGACCCCUGCCAUUCAGGUGCCUAAGCGAAAGGACCAGCUGUCCAAGGUGUAAACUGUACAUAGCCAGUGACUGAAUAAAGUCCUCGUUGGCCAAAGCUGCUGCGAGAGCUGUGUUCUCUGCAGCGGAGGUGGACUGCACACGCAAGCGCAGUGGGUUUGGUCCAGCUGAAGAUGAGGGUACGUGGUGGUUGUGAAUCCUGGCUCUCGUUGUUAGCAAACUCCUGCCGACCGGCACACGUGCUAGCUCUCACUCCUGCCUCCACUCUGUUGGCGGGAGGAGAUGUUCAGUUUCCCCGGCCUGUUUAUGAACAGCCAUACAUGUAAGCUUUUUCUGAGUCUAAGUCUUUUACCGUAAGUGUCUGUACAGCAACCAUCAAAGCUGCCCCUACCUUAGUGGUCCGCCCUCUCCCCUGCCCUGGGGGCUGCCCUCUGGCCUCCUCUGUUCUUACCUAGAGAGGAGCCUGGGGGUGGUGGGCUAGCUAGUGACCCCCAGGUUUCCUUCCGUUCGUUAAAAGGGACAGUAUGUGGCCGCUUCUCUGUGGAAAGGGGGUCGGUUCGGGGGGAGGGGGGUCAAGGUGGCCCGUGUUCAUAACUCAGUUUCCUGUUUUGCACGAUGUAAAAAAAAAAACCUGUCAUUUUGCACGAAAUAGCCAAAAGUAUUGGCAGACUCCUGCCUGGGUUCCCUUUCUCUCCAGUCGGCUUCUGAGAGCCUGGGGGUGCCCAGGGACCUGUUUUCAAGCAAGGGGGCACCUGGAUUCUCUCCUUGUCUCUCCCCCUCAUUUUAUUCUAGUAGCAACAUUAAAGGUUAGGCAGUCACUGGUGCACGGCGUUCCUCUACGUAGUGGGUGGGAGUUGGGGAAUCGGGAGGAAGGCCUCUCCGGUGGGUUAUUCUUAGUUUGCCCCUCAUACAGGCUGGCCUGCUGGUUCCAUGGGGCAGGGUUAGGACUUUGGAAGCUUUUUUUUUUUGGUUUGAGUUGGUGAGUGAGUGGUAUGGUAACAUUGGCCUUGGGGAAUUGAACUGUGCAGAGUUCCUGAGAUCUAACCUAGGACCCUGGACCCGGGGGACCCAUGUGCAGGCCAGCUCUGCAGAAGCGUGGGAGUUUGGAGCCCCUGUAGGCCUCUGCUCGAGGGCAGUGUGGCCUGGGACAAUGGUGGCUCUGGGGCUUGAGGGAGUGGGAGGGCUUCAGCUUUCUCCAAAAUUGACAUUGUUCUUUAGCCGUUCAAAUACUCAUUCUCAAAAAUGUUUUUUUGUGAAUCUGUGGGUAUGUUUUCAUCAAUAUUAUUUCUUACAAAGUGUGAAAAGGGAAGGGAUGCCCAAGUCAGUCAUAUUAUUUACAUCAAGCUGGACCCUCAGCCUCCCUGCUGGGGGCUUCUCCACGUGGUUCCCUUGUGCAGGGCCACCAGGUGGACUUGGUCCACAUUCUCUCACUGAAGCACCGGGGGUGUUGAACUGUUACUGGCUAAUCAGAGCCUAUGUUUUGUCCUAGUAUUUUUCAUGCUUGACCAGCCUACUGCCUUUUUUAUUUUUAAUUCUGUUGCUUCUAUUAACACAAAAAUAGAGAGGAAUAGUUUCUGAAACCCAUUUUAUUGUGAAGAUCCCCAAGGGAGAAGUUCUGCUGUAGAGAAAAAUAGUAAGAAGCUGGCUUAGAAACAACCUUCUCCCCAGACAACUGUCUGGCUCUGACUAGGGCAAACGUCCAGGAAAAGUUGGAGAGGAAUUUGCCAGAGAUCUGCCCCAUGACAUUGCCUGUCCCGUGUCUUCACCGUGAGAGUAGCCAACGUUUCAAAGUGUUCCUCUCUUUCAAAAAAAAACAAAACUGCAAAGUUUUAUAAGUGUGUUUAAGAAUAGGUGUGAUUUUUAGAGUGAACCUGCCAACCCUGGCAAUUGCCAUAUUGCUCUUAAAAGAUUCAAUUCCUGGUGACGCCUCUGGAAGGCAUUUGAUGUUCAUCUCGAUUUCUGUUUCCUUCAUUUCCUUUUUGUUCUUUUAACAGAUUUAUCCCUGUGGGUGGUGUCUAACAAGUCGAGACACCUUGGUUUUUCUUUUAGACUGAGCUGGGCAGCUGCAAUCAGCUUUAUGCAAAUUUGGUAUGGCCCAUCUUGGGGUCCCUGGUUGAUGGCUAAUGGAGUAAGGGCGGGAAAGUUGUCAUCACAGGAGUAGGCCCCUCCCAUUGGCUUUGGCCAGGCCAGACACUUAACAUCGUUUACAUGGUUCUGUGUAAUUAUAAAGUUUAUGUGUAUAAAGCGAAGCUGUUUCUGUGAAACUGUAUAUUUUGUAAAUAAAUAUAUUGCUACUUUGAGGUUCCUGUCUAGCUUCAGGUGUUU